AUGAGUUUAAGAAUUAUAUUGAAACGUGAUUUUUCACAAUGUAUUAGAGUAUUUGAAUCAGGAAUAAAAUCGUCAACUACAACAACGAGUAAUCGAUUUCAAGCUCAAUAUGGCAAUAAGAAUAAUGAUAAUACGAAAAGAAACACUAAUAAUGGGAAUCGAUUUCAUAAUAAAUAUAAUAAUGAAUCACGUCGAUCAUAUCCGAAAACCAAAUAUCAACAACAAUAUCAACAACGGAAACAACCUUAUAUUAUUGAUCCACGUAAAAUCAAAUUUAAUAAUGGAACAGAACUGGCAAGAAAUGCCAUUGAAGAAAUCAUUAAUCGAAUUUAUAAAUUACAAAAAAAUUAUCAAAUUCAAUUAAUUACUAAUUCAGGAUUGAAAAAUUAUCAUUUAUCAGAAAUAUUACAAAAUUUAGAUUUAUCAAUAAAUGGUCUUCAAUUAAUUGAUAAAUCAACCUCCACCACCACUACCACCACUACCACCACCACCAAUAAUGGGGGUAAUGAACUUCCAUUGAUUAAAAUAAUUACUGUUCGUGAAAUGAUUAAUCAAUAUUCUACUUAUUUAAAUAAUUUAAAACAAUUAGAAUUAAUUAAAUUAGGAUCAUUGAAAACAUUAAAAACAUUAGAUAUAAAAUUAAAAUUAGAACAAAAAAAAUCCACUACUAAAGAAAUUUUAAUUAAAUGGAGUAUUAAUAAUAAUGAUUUUAAAUUACAAAAAACUAAUGAAAUCAAAAAAUUAAUUGGUAAUGGUAAUGGUGGGAAGAAUUUUUUGAUUAAUAUGGUUUAUAAUAAACGAAAUAUUAAUAAAUCUAUUGAUACAAUUUAUAAAUAUCAAUGUAAAGGUGAUGAAAUUGAAGAAAAAAAUUUAAUUGAAAUUGAAUUACAAAGAAGACAAUUAUUAAUUAAUAAUUUACAAUCAUUAUUAACCGAAUUGAAUUGUAAAUGGAUUAUUGAAGGUGAUAUAAAUACAAAAAUGACAUUUAAUGUUACACCUAGUAUUAGUCAGUCAACCACUACUACCACCACACAAGAACAAGAACAAGAAGAUUAUAAUGAUAUUGAAGAAAAGAAAUUGAAUAGAACUGAACGUAAAAAAAGAAAAUCUCAACAACAACAACAACAACAACAACAACAACAAAGUAAAACUAAUACUACUAAAAAAGAUGAAGAUGAAGAAGAUUUAGAUGCUUUAUAUCUGUUUAAAAUUGAAGAUUAA